AUGGAUGCCGUGAUGAAGCCAAUAGACCACGCGAGGUGUCGGGAGCUGGCCCAUCCCGACAUCGCCAACUUCGCCGUCUCCAUCUUCCUCGUCGUCGGCAUCCUCGUCUCGUACCUGCCACAGCACUACAAGAUCAUUUCGCGGCGCUCCUCCCGCGGCCUGAGUCCGCUCUUCGUCCUGCUCGGCACCGUCUCGGGCACGGCGAGCAUCGCCAACAUCCUCACCCUGCCCGAGAGCACCGCCGACAUGGCCUGCUGCAAGGAGAUUGGCAGGUUCCCCUGUGCAGCUGCCCUGCUCGGCAUUGCGCAGAUUGGCGUGCAGUGGGCCUGCUUCUUCUUCAUCAUGCUCCUCUUCCUCGUCUUCUUCCCGCGCGCCCCCAUCCCCGGCAUCGACCAGGACGCCGAAGACAGCGACGCGUCCCACAUGCCCACCUGGAAAGAAGCCGUUCUCGUCCUCGCCCUGUCCCUCGCCUUCUUCAUAGUCGCCUUCAUUGGCUCCGUCGUCUUCGUCUACGCCCUCCCCUCCCACGUCCGCGGCUGGGCCAACUUCCUCGGCCUCCUGGCCACCUCCCUGGCCGCCGUCCAGUACAUCCCCCAGAUCGUCACCACCUGGCGUCUGCAGGAGACGGGCAGUCUGUCGGUGCUGAUGAUGUGCAUUCAGACCCCAGGGAGCUUUGUCUUUGCAGCCAGUCUGUAUGCCCGCCUGGGUAGGGGCGGUUGGAGCGCGUGGGGGCUGUUCAUCUUCACUGGCUGCUUGCAGGGCUGCCUGCUGGCCAUGAGUCUGGGCUUCCUGUGGAGAGACAGGAAGGAGCAGAAGAGGCUGGGGCAGGACGCCGCUGCCGAUGGGAACAGCGAGCGUACACCGCUGUUGGUGACGGAGGACGUUAGCUAG